AUGGCAUUAACUUUAUUAAAAAAAGCUCUUAUUUCUAAUCCACACCGUAUUCGUAAGGUUGCGGGAAUAAUAUGUGCCAGAAACCAUUGGAACUUCCAAUACAAACCCGGCCCAUAUCCAAGAACUCCGGAAGAAAGAGCAGCAGCUGCUAAAAAGUAUGGAUUGACUAUUGAGGAAUAUCAACCUUAUCCUGAAGAAAUGUGCUAUGGAGAUUAUCCUAAAUUGCCGGAUAUUGGUUCGGAUUCUAAGGAUCCACAUUAUCCUUAUGAUUAUCCAGAACUUAAAAGAAAUUUUAAUGAACCUAUACAUGCCAGCCAGGAGAUCUAUGGUGAAGAUCGUUAUGAUAUCAGCAUGAAACCCAGAUUUUCACUUACGCACCAAUGGCUGUGGUUCUUAGGUGCCAUAGCCAUCAUAAACCCGUCGAUUAUGUCCAUCGACAAGCUGGCUUUAAUCGGCAAGGAUGGACAGCGAACGAAA